UAUAGCACAAAACAAAAGUAUCGAACAUUUUGAAAAGUCGCUGUGGUUCGAUAUCAACUGCGUAUCGAUUGUCAGUAGAAUAGAGUCACCAUCUAUACGAUUUCGCGCGAUAUGUCACAAAACUGCAAAAGCUCACAAGUUGCAGCAAUACAAUACACAAGCUGAGCUACCUAUACUCAUAUUAUAUCUGCAUAUGGGUUGUUUUGCUUAUACAUGGCUGACGGCUAACACCUUAUUAUAUUCAGCUUUGAGAGGAUUAUUACAAAUGUAUCGUGAUAUUAGUUUAUUUAUUGUUUUUUUAUAAAUUAAUUACUGUAUAGAAUGCGGAAAACUUAUCGAGUUCAUGAAUAUAUAAAUCAUACUCAUUCUGCAAAGUAUUCUAAAAAGUAAUAUACAGUAAAUGUGCUCAGUGUUUGUAAACAUAAAAAACUAACGUUCGGAGAUGCAUUGGCCGUUAAUUUGUCAUUUUUUCUUCAGUAAUUUAUGAAGUUUUAUUAAAACUUAUUUGAUGGUAAACAAAGGUUAUAAAGCAUCUUGACCAUAUUAUGUAUCGUUUUACUUCUUAUUGAACUAAGACGAAUUUUUAAUGUGCAACAAAUACGAAUAUCACCUAUGAAGAUUUACAAUUUUGUUCUUAUGUAUUUGAUAUAAUUUUAAUUACUAUAUAUAUUUUAUAAAAGUGAAUUUAUAAAUAAUCAAUCUACCAUGAAGUAUGAAAGUGGUCGGAUAGCAUUAACAUCAUUUGUUGCUGCACUAGUUACUUUUGCAUUUUGUGAAUACUUAAUUGUUCCAUACUUGAAUAGCUUACAGUACAGUAAUACUCAAUGGCUACACUUAUUAAACUAUGGGAUAUCGUAUUUGUUUAUUAGAGGAAUUUACAAUGUCUCACAUCAACAAAUAUCACACCGUGCUGUCUUCCUUGGAUACACUUUCAGUUCUGGACUCUUGAUGUACAACACAGCAAUGCCAUCAUGGAAAAAUUUUGGAAUGUAUGUUUCAAUAUUAUCGACAUUUCAUUUGACAGAAUACUUAGGAAUCGCUUUCACAAAUCCAGCAGCUGUAAAUAUCAAAAGUUUCUUCAUAAACCAUAGUCCGGCAUAUGUAGGGGCAGCAAUAAUGAGUUGGUUAGAAUUUUUUAUAGAAAGGUAUUAUUUUGUACAAAUGAAACAAAACCAUCUUAUUGUGUUAAUUGGACUUAUACUAUGUUUUUGCGGAGAAAUGAUGAGAAAAUUAGCCAUUUACACGGCUGAGCGCAAUUUUAAUCAUAUAGUACAACAUAAAAAAGCAAAAAAUCAUACUCUAGUCACACACGGAGUUUAUGCCAUUUGCAGGCACCCCAGUUAUGCUGGAUGGUUUUAUUGGUCAAUAGGAACUCAACUGAUAUUGCAAAACCCAGUAUGUUUAUUGGCUUAUGCAAUCAUGUCAUGGAGAUUUUUUAAUGAAAGAAUUAUGGCUGAAGAAGUUUAUUUACUAAGAUUUUUUGGACAAGAUUAUGUAGAGUAUCAAAAAAAAGUUAAAGCUGGGUUACCUUUCAUAAAAGGAUACACUGAAUUUGUAAAUUAAAUUGAUAACGCCAUGAUUCAUAUUUUAAUACUCAUAUAAGUAAAAUUUAUAUGGUUGAAAAAAACUUUUAAGAUUAUCUCAGUGUCUUCAAAUUA